AUGAAUUCCGUGGAAGCCUUGUUGGCGUGGGCCCAGCCUGGGGACCAGGCUCUUCCUAGUAAGGCGUUGCUCGACUUUUCGGACUCGUUUUCCAGACCCAAUGCCUCGAUUGUGGUACGAGAUACCUUCAGCUGGAAUGAGACGCCAAGGCAGGAGAUGGCCAACAGGUUCUCUUUCCAGGCUCAAGCUUCUUUCCCAAUAGGCAUUGAACGUCGUAAAAGCUUGCUCGUUAUCAUCAUAGAUCUCCCAUGGCUCGAACAAAAGGUCACCAUUAAAGCUCUGCACGCUAAAGCCGACCUCACACAGCUUUUGCUUAAUAUUGUGGUCCCGAACGAGUGA